AGGGGCGGGAGAUGAAGUAGCAUUAUAUAUUUCAGCUCUGAAUCUUUCAUUCCUCACAUUCUGAUCUGUCAGGGUCAGUUGAUGUUUCUUGCUACAGUUUCAAGUGACCAAGUGUGCUGCGCCCAGAUUCCACAUCAUGGCCUGUGAACUGGCAAGUGUGAAUAGUGCUUUGGAAGCCUUGCUGACAGUGUUCAAAAGAGCUGCCAGUCAUGACAGCGACAACUUGACUCUGAGCCGCGGUGAACUCCAUCAUUUGAUUAAGACUGAGCUUCCUUUUUUGGUGCAGCCCAACUUUGAAAAACAUUUUGAGAGUUUCUUCCAGUGUAUGGAAGGUAAUCCUGGCAGUAAUGUCGAUUUUAAAGAGUUCAUGUGCCUGUUAGCGACUAUUGUGAUGUGCCGUGACCAAGAACUAUCCCAGCAACUACAUUAAUGACAUCUGGAGUCAUCAGUAACAGCCAAUGGAACUAUCAAUAGCAAAUAAACUUAUCUCAAAAUGA